ACUUCUUCUUAAGCACAUAAAUCCAACCUUCAUUUCCCCCAAAAACUAUCAAUCCCUUUUACAUACACAAAACUUAGAGAAAGAUUUAGGUAGUGAGAGAUGGGAAGAGCUCCAUGCUGUGAUAAGGCAAAUGUGAAGAAAGGGCCAUGGUCACCUGAAGAAGAUAGAAAGCUGAAAGAGUACAUAGAAAGCCAUGGUACUGGUGGCAACUGGAUUGCUCUCCCACAAAAAGCAGGCCUUAGAAGAUGUGGAAAGAGCUGCAGAUUAAGAUGGUUGAACUAUCUGAGACCAAACAUUAAACAUGGUGAAUUUUCUGAUGAUGAAGAUAAAGUUAUCUGUACACUCUUUGCAAGCAUUGGUAGCAGGUGGUCAAUAAUGGCAGCACAGUUACCAGGAAGAACAGACAAUGAUAUCAAGAACUACUGGAACACAAAGCUGAAGAAGAAGAUGAUGAGCAGCUUAAUCUCCAUCCCUGAAAUCAGAAAACCUUUUCAUCAUCUUGAAUCGUUCAAUUCUUCAACAAACUACAGCUACCCAUCACUAUCAAUUUUUCAGAAUAGUAAUAUCAAUAUCAAUGCUCCAUUAUCGUCAUCAUCACCACCUUCAUCAUAUCUGUAUAGUACAAAUACUUCUAGCCAUCAUGAUCAUCAAACCCUAUCUAUCCCAUCAAGCCCUACAACUGCUCCUGCUGAUCGUCAUCGACUUUUACGAUCACAAGAUCAUAGAUAUCUCGGCUUGGGUCCCAUGGAAGGUUACCAGGCGGUAAAAGACAGUUCUACCCUUGUCAUGUUUGGAGGUGAUCAGGCCAGUUGCAGUUCUAAUUCUGAUGGGAGCUGUCAUUACGAGUAUGGGACUGUUGGUGUGUAUGAUCAUAACAACAUGGGGAACUUGCAGAGUGAUUCUUACAAAGAGUUUGGUGGGAAUUAUGAGAAGGAAAAAGGGUAUUAUGGGGAUUCUUCAUUGGACUGCAGCCUUGAGGAGAUUAAGCAGCUUAUUAGCACAAAUCUAUGCAGCAGUAACAUUGACAACAAUCUCAACUUUUUCGUUGAUGAAACCAAGGAAGUAGAAAAAGUCAUGUACUACUAAUUAUUGCACCAACAAUGGAUGCUGAAUAUCAUCGUCAUCAUCAUGAUCAUGAUCAUCAUCAUCUUCAUCAACAUUAUCAUCUCUAGUACUAGGGAUGACUGGGUUUGUGAAAAAUUUGUGGGGUUUUUCCCAUUUCUUUUUUCUUUUCAUUUUGAUAUUAUUCUUGUUAACUUAAUUAGGUCAGUAGAAAUGGUAAAAAGUGUUUCUUUCUGUUCAUCUCUUAUUUUCUUUUUCGCUAUCAAGAACUUCCUUUUCCAGUUU